AACCAAGGUCAGGGAAACCGGGUAGCAUCAGGUAGUCACGAGCCUACACGUACGUGCCUCAGGCCUUUGACUAACACGAGCCAAACGCCAUGGCUCGAGAGCUCAAGGUGCUCGGCGCGCUGGAUGCCGCCAAGACGCAGUGGUACCACUUCACGGCCAUCGUGAUCGCCGGCAUGGGCUUCUUCACCGACGCCUAUGACCUCUUCUCCAUCUCCCUCGUCACCAAGCUGCUGGGCCGCAUCUACUACUUCGACCCGAGCUCAGCCGCCCCGGGCUCGCUCCCGCCCAACGUCUCGGCCGCUGUCAACGGCGUCGCCUUCUGCGGUACCCUCGCCGGCCAGCUCUUCUUCGGAUGGCUCGGCGACAAGAUGGGCCGGAAGAAGGUCUACGGCAUGACGCUCAUGAUCAUGGUGCUCUGCUGCGUCGCCUCCGGCCUCUCCUUCGGCUCCACUCCGAACUCCGUCAUGGCCACGCUCUGCUUCUUCCGCUUCUGGCUCGGCUUCGGCAUCGGCGGCGACUACCCGCUCUCCGCCACCAUCAUGUCUGAGUAUGCCAACAAGCGCACCCGUGGCGCCUUCAUCGCCGCCGUAUUCGCCAUGCAGGGGUUCGGCAACCUCACCGGCGGCGUCGUCGCGAUCAUCGUCUCGGCUGCGUUCAAGGAGCGGUUCGACGCGCCCGCGUACAGGGACGACCGGGCCGGCUCCACCGUCCCGCAGGCAGACUACGUGUGGCGCAUCGUCCUCAUGUUUGGCGCUGUCCCGGCGCUGCUCACCUACUACUGGCGCAUGAAGAUGCCCGAGACGGCGCGCUACACGGCGCUCGUCGCCAAGAACGCCAAGCUGGCCACGUCCGACAUGGCGCGAGUGCUCAACGUCGAGCUCGUCUCCGACGAGCCGGAGCAGCCGCUGCCCGUCGGACAUGGUGACCGCGAGCAGUUCGGGCUCUUCUCCAAGGAGUUCGUUCGGCGCCACGGCCGGCACCUGCUGGGCACGACGGUGUGCUGGUUCGUCCUCGACAUCGCCUUCUACUCGCAGAACCUGUUCCAGAAGGACAUCUACACGGCGGUGGAGUGGCUGCCGAGGGCGGACACCAUGAACGCGCUGCAGGAGAUGUUCAAGAUCUCGCGCGCGCAGACGCUGGUCGCGCUGUGCGGCACCAUCCCGGGGUACUGGUUCACGGUGUUCCUCAUCGACGUCGUCGGCCGCUUCGCCAUCCAGCUCGGCGGCUUCUUCUUCAUGACGGCCUUCAUGCUGGGCCUCGCCGUGCCGUACCACCACUGGACGACCCCCGGGAACCACGUGGGCUUCGUCGUCAUGUUCUCGCUCACCUUCUUCUUCGCCAACUUCGGGCCCAACUCCACCACCUUCAUCGUGCCGGCAGAGAUCUUCCCGGCACGGCUGCGGUCGACGUGCCACGGCAUCUCGGCGGCUGCCGGGAAGGCGGGCGCCAUCGUGGGGUCGUUCGGGUUCCUGUAUGCUGCCCAGAGCACUGAUUCCACGAAGACGGACGCCGGGUACCCGCCGGGCAUCGGCGUCCGCAACUCGCUGUUCGUGCUCGCCGGGUGCAACGUGGUCGGGUUCCUGUUCACGUUCCUCGUGCCGGAGCCCAACGGGAAGUCGCUGGAGGAGCUCUCCGGUGAGAACGAGGUGGAUGACGCGCCUGAAGAUGCCUCAUCUGCGGCAGCCGGGGAGGACAGGAGCACGCCGGCACCAGACGUUUGAUAGAAGUUACAGAAUAUGUUUGCGUAAUGGCAUUAUCACUUGCUGCAUCGGCUGUCAAAGCAUUGGGUUGGAGUGCAGUUUCUUUUACUCUGAUUGCAGGAUCUUGUUGGAAGCAGUGGAAGAAAAGAAUCUACUGGUAAAAUAUGGACAUUGGAAGAUCAGACCGGUGCUUGCAGAUUUUCUCAACUCCUUCAGUGUUAGCCAUAUUCCUAGAUCUCAAAAUCCUAUUUCUCACAAUCUAGCAAAGAAAGCUUUCUCUAUCAGAUCUUUCCUUACUUGCUCUUUUCUAUGUAGCAAGGCUUCUAGAUGUAAAUUCAAUAUGGCUUUGAAAACCAUAUCAAAACUACUGUAUGUACACUGUUUAGGCUGUUAAUGAAUAAAAUGUGAGCCCUCUAUGAGGGUUAUGGUUUGCCAAAAAAAAGAAAGUUUAAACACACGUUGUCAUCCGCCAUUUUCCUGUGACACCAGACGCUCCUCGCAGGUCUCUGGUGUCCACAGUACCAUAG